UUUGAAAAUGUGAAACAUGACAUCUAAUUUAAGGGGAAAGUAGUAAUAAAAUAAGUUUCGAGCUCAGUACUUUAAUCCAAUGGUCAUAAAAACAUUAUUAGAGUUUCUUUCUUUAAAACAGUACCACGUGGCAAAAAAAAAUGAAAAAACAAAACCACUGAUUGAUUGAGACAGCCAAACAACCCACGCCUGAGUGAUUACCGCGUCAGCUGAGACAAACGACCACGAACGGUACGGUCAAAUAUUUUAUAAUUAUACGAAGCCUUCUGAAAUACAAUACAAAACCGAGAUUGCACCCACAGUUCUCGAAUCGGUCGCAAGCAUCAACCGCCCACUGGGACUUCACUCUUUCUUUUUCACCACACAUACACACCUGUUAUAUAUAUACAUAAUUACAUAUAUAAUUAUAUAUGUAUAUUGUGUAAGUGUAAGAACGAUCGGAUAUAAAAAGGGUGAUCUUGCAGGAGGCUCACGUUAUCAUCGUUUUAGAAUUACAAAACCCUAGUUACGCAAUGUCUACUCCCUCUGUCUUCGCCAACGUCGUUCAAGCACCUGAAGAUUCCAUCUUAGGGGUCACUGUUGCUUAUAACAAGGAUUCAAGCCCAAUUAAGCUGAAUUUGGGCGUAGGUGCUUAUCGAACUGAGGAAGGAAAACCUCUUGUUCUAAAUGUAGUGAGACGAGCAGAGCAAAUGCUUGUAAAUGAUCAGUCCCGUGUCAAAGAGUAUCUUCCAAUUAUUGGACUAGCAGAUUUUAAUAAAUUGAGUGCUAAGCUCAUAUUUGGUGCGGACAGUCCUGCCAUUCAAGAGAACAGAGUGACUACAGUCCAGUGCUUGUCUGGUACUGGCUCACUUAGGGUUGGGGCUGAGUUUCUGGCAAGACAUUAUCAUGAAAAAGCUAUAUACAUUCCGCAGCCAACAUGGGGAAACCAUCCAAAAGUUUUCAGUAUAGCAGGGUUGUCAGUGAAGAGUUAUCGCUACUAUGACCCAACAACGCGUGGACUGGACUUCCAAGGCUUGUUGGAGGAUCUUGGUUCUGCCCCAUCAGGAGCAAUUGUGCUUCUUCAUGCAUGUGCUCAUAACCCGACAGGGGUUGAUCCAACCCUUGAGCAGUGGGAUCAGAUCAGGCAGUUAAUGAGAUCAAAAGGGUUGUUACCUUUCUUUGAUAGUGCUUAUCAGGGUUUUGCUAGUGGUAGCCUCGAUGCAGAUGCACAGCCCAUUCGCAUGUUUGUUGCAGAUGGUGGUGAAUGCCUUGCAGCUCAGAGUUAUGCAAAAAACAUGGGCCUCUAUGGCGAACGUGUUGGUGCCUUCAGCAUUGUCUGCAAAGCAGCAGAUGUGGCAAGUAGGGUUGAGAGCCAACUGAAACUGGUGAUCAGGCCUAUGUAUUCUAAUCCGCCUAUUCAUGGUGCAUCUAUUGUGGCAACCAUUCUCAAGGACAGGGAUAUGUAUAAUGAAUGGACAGUAGAGCUGAAAGCAAUGGCUGAUCGCAUUAUCAACAUGCGCCAGCAACUAUUUGACGCUUUAAAAGCCAAAGGCACACCAGGCGACUGGAGUCACAUUAUCAAGCAAAUCGGAAUGUUUACAUUCACGGGGUUGAACACUAAUCAAGUUGCUUUCAUGACUAAAGAGUAUCACAUUUACAUGACAUCUGAUGGGAGGAUUAGCAUGGCAGGUCUUAGUUCUCGUACAAUCCCUCAUCUUGCAGAUGCUAUACAUGCUGCUACCAGUGUUGCGUAGAUCAGUACUACUCCACAUGAAAGUUAUGUACUGAAGCUUUUUGAUUUUGAUUUUUCAUAUUGCAUGAUACUUCGUAUGAAAAAUCGACUGAAGUUUGUUACUUGGAUCAAGACAACUGCCUUGAUAUUUUGAAUACAGAUGUUUUUUAGGUUCUCACCAAUCAA